ACAGCAGCUCCUGUCUUCUCUGGCUCUCUCUCUCACUCCUCUGCUCCUCACAACGAUGACAGCUGAGUCACAUUUCUGUGCUGGAGACUAAAGAUUGAGAGGCUGUUUGUUUUUUUUUUUCCCACCCACAGUGAACAUGAACGAGAUCAAGAUCGCAGUGCUGGGCAGUGAAGGUGUGGGGAAGUCAGCUCUCAUCGUCCGCUUCCUCACCAAGCGCUUCAUUGGCGAGUACGCCUCCUUCUCAGAGUGUGUGUACAGAAAGUGUGUGUCUGUGGACGGGAGGCAGGUGAACCUGGAGCUCUAUGACCCCUGCUCUCAGGCGUGCGAGGGUAACUCUGCGUUACACAACCAGAUCCACUGGGCUGAUGGUUUCAUUCUGGUCUAUGACAUCAGUGACCGAGCCUCCUUCCUCACUGCCAGAGCCAUCGUGCACCUCAUCAGAGAGCUUCACCUGGGAUCUGCUAAAAGGGACGUGGACUCACUUAUAUUUUUGGUGGGCAACAAACAGGACCUGUGCCACAUGAGGGAGGUGCAGCGUGAAGAGGGUCAGCAUCUGGCUGCAGAGUUCCAAUGCCAGUUCUAUGAGCUGUCAGUUGCUGAGCACUACCAGGAGGUAGCGCUCAUAUUCUCCAAGAUGGUGCAAAAGGCCAGCCUGGGCAGCAAAUCCAAGGAGCGCCGGAGGCGCCCGAGUGGCUCGAAGUCCAUGGUCAAACUCAUCAACAACGUGUUUGGCAAGAGGAGGAAGUCAGUGUGAACAGCUGUGGGUCAAAGCUUGGCCCGAUCACGUUUUAUCAUUGAUUAUUGUUUGUGUUGCUAUUGAUUAGCACUCAACAUACAGUGUGUAUGUACAUAUGUGUUGUAGGGAUGUAACGAUCCUCCAAAUCCUCCAUGGUUCCGUUGAGAAAGAGUGUUUUCACGUUUAAUGUUAAACGUAUCAUCAUGAUUGCACCAAAACAGUCACAUGACAUACUGAAUAGCUUGCCCACAAACUCUCUACAUAAAUAAUAGAUGUAGCCUUUAGGUCCAGAAAGUUUAGCCAAUGAGGAAAUGCCUGAAACCUUAGAGGUCAGUAGAGAUCCCUGUUGCGUACAAGUUGUCGUCAAAGAUUUUGUCUUUUUUUUCUAUCCAAUUCAAUCCUUUAUCAUAAUAAUACAAUGUACUUUACAUCAUAAGACAGAUACACUAUUAUAGAAAGAAGAGAAACAAAGCACACCCAGAGGGGAGAAAAUAAAACCCUUUGCAAGAACCAGAUUCAAAGAGAGAAGAGAGAGAACAGAACCAUAAUGUAGUCAGAGAUGGUCAUCACAUUUAAUAGUUGUCAUCUUUGACGACGAGCUAGCAUGACUUGUAGCAAAAACUAUACUGAUAUCAUUUUUGUUGAUUAUAAUUGAACAAUAAUGAUGAUGACAAUACUACUUCUACUACAACUAAUAAAAGCCUUGUAACUGGAUCUGGUUCCUGCAGUCCUGGAGCCACAGGUACCUGCAAAAUGAACACUCUCACUCUCUCACACGCACAGAUAGAGCGAGAGAGAGAGGAACAGCACAAACUUAGGGAGGGAACAAAUAAGCUUACUAUCAAGGGGGUUCCCCCAGAAGGCAUAUAGCAGCAUAACUAAGGGAUAGUCCAGGUUCCCGUGAGCUAGCCCCAACUACGUAUAGGCUUUAUCAAAAAGGAAGGUUUUAAGUCAAACUUUCAAUAUAGAGAGGAAGGGAAUGUGAGGAUGCAUUCACACCAGCCUUGUUUAGUGCAAUUGAAUCAAACCCUAGUACACUUACCCCUUAGUAUGGUUCAUUUGGGUUGGUGUGAAAGUAGUCUGAGACCUCUUUUGCAGACCAAACAACUGCACAUUGGUCCUCUUGAAAGAGGUGGUCUUCAACCGCUUGCACGUGAACCCUGGAGGAGCAGCUCAUCACUGGUGUGAACUCUAUCUGCACCUUUCACUGGAAGCGCAGCUAUAGCCUCAGUGUUCUCAUCAAAAUCUGCAAUUGAGGAGAAGGAAGAAGGAAGAGAGAGGAGAGAAGGAAGAACCAAGAAGAGAGCUGGUGAUAGAGAUGAGAACACCGCUUCCAUCCUCCGUGCCUGGCAGGUCCCAACUCUUCCUCCUACGCAGGUCAAGUAGCACACAUUGUCACCCUGAACCAGCACAAAGUCAUCAACUCACCGCCGUUUCUCGGCUGUGGGUUAUAGGAUGUGGGCAACACCUGUGGCUCUGGACCCUCCUGCCCGGGACUGAGAAAUAGUGGUGGGUUGGACAACGCUAGCUCACCAAAUGUGCUAUCUUACCUGCAGAGGAGGAGGAACAGUUGGAGCCUCACAGACCUGGCAGAAAUCCCCUGACUGAGUUCCAAUUAUUGGGGGUUUUCCUCCAGAUCCUCACAGGGUAAUGGGAUUUGUCUUUUUCCCCUGCUAUAUCUCUGACCAGUAACUAAGCGGUAUGACUUUAGUUGAGAUUAGCCUUGAUCUAAACCAACAGAAGAAUUAAACAAAGUAUCAAAUUUCAUUUAUGUAACAUUUAUGUUUGUAUACUGUAUCUUAAUGAUGAGUAGUAAACAUAUGUUGCUCUGCCAUUAAAAUGCUGCAUUUGUGUACAUGUAAGGCGUGUUUUAGAUUUUGGUGGCAUCGUGUAUUAGGUACAAGUGCAAAUAAAAACAAACCCUUUA